UUGCAGUUUUGCAGCAGCGAGAACCUCCAGCUACCUGCAGCUCCUCCCUCCGAGCCUUUACCCGCUUUGACUCCACUCCACAACUCUACUGUUGUCUCCACUGCAUCCGGGCUCCGCUUCCUCCGGCCGCCCCCCCCUCUUCCCCUUCGUUUCAUUCCCCCAACGCCUACCUAGCUCGAUCCACACGUCAAAAGCCUUCAUUCGCUUCCUAGCCAAGCCUGCCGCCUGCCGCCGUGCCAUCGCGGGCGUCGCCGCCACCGGCCACGCCGAGCUUGCUUUGCGCGCGCGGCAUGAGGGCGAGGCGGUGGUCUCGCGCGGCGGUGGUCGCGUGCUUAGUGCUCCUCGCUGCCGCGUGCGCCGCCGAGGCGCGCGCGGUGCCCGGCGCGGAGGGAGCCGGCGGAAAGGCUGCCGCGGCCCCCGACGGCGGGAGGCGGAGCGCGUUCGACGUCGUCGUCGUCGGCCUCGUCAGCAUCGGGCUCGGCCGGCGGUGGCGCGCCGGUGGCGACGAGCUGGUCGACGAGGACAAGCGCCGCGUGCCCACGGGGCCCAACCCGCUGCACAAUAGAUGAGCACCGUACCUAGCUACUAGCUAGCUUCUUCUUAAGCUACAGCCAUUACUAGCUACCGUGCGUGUCCUGCCGUGUGGCCGGCCGGCGCGUCCUUUGCCGUCAGCGGCCUGGCGCGCGAGCUGGUCUCGCUCGCACGCGCCCGUGCAUGGCGAGGUGGAGGAGAAGAAUGAGAAGGAGAAGAGAGGAGCGUGUAGUAUUUUACUAUUCCCUUCUGCUUCCCUUUCUUCUCUUUUUCCCUGCUCUUUUUUUUCUCUCUCUCGAUUUCUUGUGGCUCCUUUUUUUUUUUUGCUUGUAUUGAUUGGCUUGCCAAGUGAACAGCAAGGCUAUUCUGUUGAUUGAAAGAGAUAGAGAUAUGGGUAUAGUGUUUCUUGUUUGAUCUCCUUGUACAUAUUUUGUUAUCGAUUCUACAUAUUUGUUCGCCUGAA